UAGUUUUCAAGAGCAAUACCGGGAGGUGUUUAAUGGGAUUUUCUUGAGUUAAGUGUUGGAAGGAUAGGUCGCACACCCACGCGGACGGCAGACGGCGAUCCACACAGCAGUGCGAUUUCUGUAGCCGUUGUCGUCUGACGCCCCGCGCGUAACACAGUCCCACGUUCCACGUUCCACGGAUCGCGACGGUUUAACGCUUACCCACCAAAACCAAGACAAAAACUGUAUGAACUACGAUUACUACGAACCAUGUUAAUGUGUAUUAUCGAGUACAUCACUCGGUAAGUCGUUUAUUUUAACUAACUUGUUGAGCGUGAAGAUUUGGUUUGUUUUUAUUCGUGCUUCAACUGAGUUAUUGGAUAUUGUCGACUUAUUUUGUUAUGACAUCGCAUCAUACAACGCGGUAGUUGAAGUUGUUCGUGGCGUGUCUCGUGACUGCAGUGCCGAUGACAAGGUGUGGCAGGUCGCGAGUGGAACGCGAGCAUGUUAAACGCGACCGACGCGUACUGCGUGCCCGGCGCCACCAACUUCAACAAGGCGUACAGCCGCCUGCACGGCUACAUCGCGCUGGUGAUAUGCAUCGUCGGCUCGGCCACCAACUCCAUCAACAUCGCGGUGCUCAGCCGCCGCGAGAUGACCAGCUCCACCAACUCUAUCCUCACCGGCCUCGCCGUCGCAGAUCUCCUAGUCAUGCUGGAAUACAUACCCUACGCCUUACACAUGAACAUCAAGAUAGGACCUCAAGUUAACAAGAAUACCUACGCAUGGACCGUCUUUGUUUAUUUCCAUUCAAUAUUCAGCCAGACGUUUCAUACGAUUUCCAUAUGGUUAGCGGUCACUUUGGCCGUGUGGAGAUACGUUGCCAUCGCGUUUCCACAGAGAAACAGUACAUGGUGCAAUAAAAAGAAUACGACUCUUGCUAUAGUUAGUGCGUAUGUGAUAUGCCCGUUUUUGUGUCUUCCGAUUUAUUUUGCAAUGAAUAUAGUGCCCAGUGAAGUGACUGCUUUAAACAAUUCAGAGUUUGCAGAGGAUCUCUCUCUGCCGGACAAUCGGACCGUUUAUGUUUUAGAAAUGUCAAAAAACGUACAAUUAGUUACAGCAAUAAUGUGGAUUUACAGUGUUAUAUUAAAACUUGUACCGAGUAUAGCGUUGUCAAUAUUAAGUACUUGUUUGAUAUCAAAGUUAACAACGACGGAGAGAAAGAGGCAGAAACUUCUGAAGCGUUCAACAAUCGGCCCGAAUGAGCCCGAAAAGCAGUGCCUAGCUACAGAGGAGGCGUUCGCUCGUCGGUCCAGUCGCACGGAUCGCACGACGCGCAUGCUCCUCGCCGUGCUGGGGCUGUUCUUGUCCACGGAGGUGCCGCAGGGGCUGCUGGGCCUAGCCAGCGCCCUUGCCCCCAACUUCUUCAAAAGCUGCUAUAGUAUGUUUGGUGACCUGAUGGAUGUGCUGGCACUGUUCACUUCAUCGGUGAACUUCGUGCUCUACUGCAGCAUGAGCCGUCAGUUCCGAUGCACCUUCGCCAGGCUGGCACGACGGAUGCUCUCCGCACCGGAGGAACCAGCCAAGUUCGCCAAUAAAUUAGAACCGACUACGCAGGUAUCACAAAGUCACCGGGCCGCUAUAGCGCCAAAUCCCCGCCCUCAUCAGGGUGGUCGAAGAGAGUAUUAUAUAAAUAACUAUACAGGUAUCAACGCUCUCUAUAACUUCGAAACUAUAGUUCACAAAUAAAUAGCUGUCGUUGUAAAAUAUAGUGUAGUUAAUAUUCUAGAGUCGUAAUUAGUCAACCGUUAUUAGCUAUGUAAUUACUGUAAGCCAAAGUUUAAAAUAAGGUUUUAAUAUUAAUGCACAAUAUUUGUUUUUGUAGUUUUUGCGUCUUAUGAGCCGUGACGCAAAAACUAUCAACUAUAAUUGUCUUUUAAAAUGUAAAUAUAUCUUCUAGUAUAGUCUUAUAAUUUUAGGAGUAAGUUAAUAAUGUAGAUUUACUUAGGGUCCAAUAAUAAAAUAAUUAUUAUUGUUAAAUGUAAAUAUUUAAUUAAUUUGUGAACUUUUGCAUUUACAUAAGAUUUCUCUUACUAGACUUAGUGAAAAUAUUGUAAACGAAUUUAUAUCAUUGUCAAAAUGCAUUUUAUAUAAUUUUAUACUUAUCUUAAGAUAAUAAUUUCUUGCUGUACGUUGAUAUACUGUAUUAGGAUAUGUCGAAGUAAUUGCUUAGGCACUAAAUCGUGUACCAAAGUUAUAAAUACGUGUAUGAUAAUACCUACGUGUUCAUUGUUUGCACUAUUAUCGUCACAUUAAAAACAGAAUUAUUUAUAAUUGCG